AUGUUGCUUGUUGACCUCUUUAGCAUGAUUCUGCGCCUCGCAGAGCUUGCUUUCGCCGCCAUCGUCGCCGGCCUCACGGGCGUCUAUCUUCACGCCGUCCGCGGCUCGUCGACGUGGGACCAGUCCCGGUUUAUCUACACAGAGGUCGUGGCCGGCCUCGCGAUCCUGCUGGCCAUCGUCUGGCUGUUCCCCUUCUCCGGCAGCUUCAUCCACUGGCCGACGGACCUGCUCAUUUCGAUUCUCUGGUUUGUCGCCUUCGGCCUGCUUGUGAACUGGCUGCACGGCUCGUGCGGCAACGUCUUCAACUCGACCGGCAUCACCAUCAACUCGGGCAACUCGUGCCCCGAGUGGAAGGCAAACGUUGCCUUUAGCUUCUUGUCGGCCAUCUGCUGGCUCGUCUCGGCGCUGCUGGGCAUUUACUGGGUGCACCAUCAUCGCACCGUGCCCGCAACGGCGGCACCGCCGGCGACAGGGUACCGUCGUCGCCGCUGGUACCGGUCGCGGGUUUAA